GACUUGUACGCUUCGAAUAAACGUAAACAGAAACUCGGGAUAGAAUUGUGAACGUUCUCAACUUGAAGCCUGAGCUGCCCUCUACUUUGUGUUAGAAAAUCAUUGGAAUUGGAAUUACAUCAUUAUUUUGUUCAAGUGGGCAAUAGUGUGAAUGUUAUAGAUCUAGAAAUAAGCAGAAAUGGCAUCAGACCUGUGGAGCAAGACAAGAGAGGCUGCCAAGACUAAGAUUGAUGACUCGGCUGAAGCACUGAAUGAACUCAGUCAACAGAUCUGGUCACAUCCAGAGCUGAAUUUUGAAGAACACAAAUCCCACAAGUUCCUCACAGAUUUCUUUGAGAAGGAGGGUUUUGAGGUUACAAGAAAUUAUCACCUUGAGACUGCAUUCAAGGCUACGUAUGGAUCUGAUGCUGGCGUCCAUGUUUGUGUGAUCUGUGAAUACGAUGCUCUUCCUGAAAUUGGCCAUGCCUGCGGACAUAACCUGAUAGCUGAAUGUGGAGCAGGUGCAGGUCUAGGGAUCAAAGCUGCGUUAGAACGUGAAGAGACACCAAUAGGAAGGGUGACUGUCCUAGGAACUCCUGCAGAGGAAGCAGGAGGGGGGAAGAUAGAUCUCAUAAAUGCAGGAGCAUUUGAAGGCAUUGACAUCGCCAUGAUGGCACAUCCUUUCCCAAACAAUGUAUCAAGGCCGAUGAUUAUUGCUGUUGCAAGGAUGAUAAUAUCGUAUAGUGGUGUUGCAUCCCAUGCUUCAACAUGUCCCUGGGAAGGAGUAAAUGCCUUAGAUGCCGCUGUGAUGUGCUACAAUAAUAUCUCAGUCAUGAGGCAACAGUUAAAACCAGAAUGGAGAGUUCAUGGUAUAUUUUCAAAAGGUGGGGCCAAGCCCAAUAUCAUACCUGAAGAAGCUGAACUCACCUAUUACCUGAGGGCACCCACACAGGAAGAACUUUCACAGCUCAAGAAAAAGAUUGUGGGAUGCACUGAGGGUGCUGCCGUGGCAACGGGGUGCAAGUGCUCUGUCACAGAUCUCCGAGGCUAUGCUAAUCUGAUCACCAAUCCGACCAUGGCAUCGAUCUAUGAGAAGGAGGCCGGUGAUAUGGGCGUGGUCUUUGAUAAAGAGGGUGGCUCGGGUUCCACCGACAUGGGGGAUGUAUCCUACGUGGUCCCUAGCAUACACCCUUUCUACUACAUGGGUACUACUGCAGCCAACCAUUCUAGGCCGUUCACUGCAGCUGCAGGUGCCCCAGAAGCCCAGGCACCGACUCUGAUCCAGGCUAAAUCCAUGGCUCUGACAGCUCUUGAGAUCAUGAAGCCUGGAAAUGAGGACGUCUUAGCAAGUGUUAAAAAGGACUUUGCUUGCCAGAUGAAUGGAACAAUGGCAUAGUUCUUUCAAGUGAUCCAUGAAUAAUUGAAAAUUUUAAUUUUUAACUUUUUAUCAUAUGCAAUUGAAAAUGUAUUUUAUUUCCUCAUCCCUUAAACUAUUCCUUAUAUGUACAUAUAUAUUGCACAUCUUUUUAUUCAAACUUUCAUCUGAGGAACUUUGAAGCUGAUAGGAAAGACUUACACUAGUCAUAAUUUCUAUCCUUAUAUGAGGGAUUUUAUUCCAGUCUUUUCAAAUCGCUAAAUUUUCCAUCCAUACAUAAUUUAUAUGGAAAGUAUUAUAAAAGCUGCUGUCAUACAGUAUUGAAUAUUGUAAUACAUGAAGUUUAGAAUUUCAUAUGUAUCAUAACUUUUUAUCAUACCAAUGAGCAUCAGGUGGCAUGUACUGAACAUCAUACGUACAAGUGUGGAAUCGGGAUCAUGUAUUGCUAGUGCGUUUUUCACUGAUUUUAAUCUCAUAAAGAAGGGAGGUUUAUUUUGUAUUUAUCUCUAAUAAUUAUUAAAAAAAUAGAGGUAUUUUACAAGAAAACCCACAUACUUGCAAACAAAGGCAGAUCAUGCAAUUUGCAAAAUAACAUGUAUUCAAACAAAAACAGAAUGAAAUGAUUAGAGACGUGUGCGGGGAUGAGCUAAUUAAGAAGGAAAUGAGACCUUAUACUUGAGUUCAUCCCUGAUGAAUAAUAUUAAUGAUUUUAAACUUAAUGUCAUAUUAUUGAAAGUGAUAUCAGAUGGUAUGUGCCCAUUUUAUACAACUCAUUUAUGUUUAUUAGGUGAUGAAUUUA